AUGGUUCCAGUGGCAAUGGAGGAGGAAUCUACGGAGCUGCCCGGUUCGGACGGGCUCGCGCCCAAACAGCGGCACCAGGCCAAGCAGCGCGAGCUGUUCCUGUCGCGGCACGUGGAGACGCUCCCGGCCACGCACAUCCGCGGCAAGUGCACCGUCACGCUGCUCAACGAGACGGAGUCGCUGCUCAGCUAUCUCAAUAAGGAUGACGCAUUUUUUUAUUGUUUAGUAUUUGAUCCUUCACAAAAGACUUUAUUAGCAGAUAAGGGAGAAAUCAGAGUUGGAAGUAAAUAUCAGACUGAAGUAACUAAUUUAUUAAAAGAAGGCGAGGAGGACGGCCGCAGUUCGAGUUCGUUGGAGACCCUGGUGUGGACUCCGUCCCACGGCCUCUCAGACCGGCAGAUCGACCAGUUCCUUGUGGUGGCUCGGUCUGUGGGCACCUUCGCCAGGGCAUUGGACUGUAGCUCCAGUGUUAAACAGCCCUCGCUACACAUGUCCGCGGCGGCCGCCAGCAGGGACAUCACUCUUUUCCACGCCAUGGACACUCUCCACAAGUCUGGGUACAGCAUAGAGGCGGCGCUGUCCUCGCUAGUGCCCGCCUCCGGGCCCGUGCUGUGUCGAGACGAGAUGGAGGAGUGGUCCGCCUCGGAAGCCAACCUGUUUGAGGAGGCGCUCGAGAAAUACGGGAAGGACUUCGCUGAUGUACGGAAGGACUUUUUGCCGUGGAAGACUUUGAAGAAUCUAGUAGAAUACUACUACAUGUGGAAGACGACGGAUCGCUACGUGCAACAGAAACGGGUGAAGGCUGUGGAGGCAGAGUCCAAGCUGAAGCAAGUGUACAUUCCCAAUUAUAACAAACCGAACCCAGCGUUGUUGUCGGGCGCGGCGGCCAUCACGAGCGGUACAGCGGGGGGCGGAGGCCCGGGGGCUGCGGCCGGGGUCGCUAAUAAAGGAGCCGUGUUGAACGGAGGCACCAACGGAACGGCGGCUGCGCCCACCAUGUGCGCCUCGUGUCAAGUGACAAAUUCAACCCAGUGGUACGCCUGGGGACCACAGCAUUUACAGUACAGAUUGUGUGGAGCUUGCUGGCAGUACUGGAAGAAAUAUGGAGGACUUAAGACGGCGGGAGUGUUCGGAGAGAGCGAGGCGGAGGCGGGGCGCGGGGCGCGGGCGGAGAGUGACGACACAGCAUUGUCCGUGUCACACAGACCGCACAGGUGUUCUGUGGUUAACUGUGCUAAGGAGUUCAAGCUGCGCGCUCACCUGGCCCGCCACAUGGCGACCGCUCACGGCGGCGCGGGCGAGGGCGCGCGGCCCGUCAUGAAGACCCGCGCCGCCUUCUACCUGCGAGCCUCGCCCUUCACCCGGCUCGCGCGCCGCCUGGCCCGCGCGCUCCGCCGGCCGCGACACUACGCGCGCUCGCCCUUCUCACCCAUCAACCUGCACCAGGUCAAACACGAGUGUACGAUAGCGAUGGCGGGCGGCGUCGGUGGUGUGGGCGGUGUGGGCGGCGUGGUCGGGGCGGAGGUCCGCGGCGCCGCUCGUGCUCGCGGGCCCGUGGGCGCGGUGGCGGCCCGCCUCGCCGCCGCACUGGGCACGUCCGCGCCGCGCGCCCAGGACUGGCUCACCCUCACCCCGCGCGAGCGUCUGCCCACACCCAACCACGUCGCCUUCCCCAAGCCGCCUAAGGCUCCAGACGGCAGCCUCAUGUACGAGCGCGUGGUGUCCCGCGCGGAGCUGGAGGCGCGUCGCAGCGAGGCGGCCGCGCCGGCCCUCAAGCGGCGCGCCUACGACGACAUCAACGGCCUCGACACAACAGGAGGUUGUGGUGGCAGCGCGCCUCCCGCCAAGCGACCCAACAAGCACCCGGCGCCCAUGCAGCGGCCAUCACGCGAACAGUACGCGGCCAUGUGCGCGCGGGCACAGGCCACGGGGCAACCUCUGCCCGCACACGUUUUUGCACACGUGAACGGCAAGCCGACGAACCUGACCGGGCGCGGCGGGCGCCGUCACGUGAUCUCGUGGAUGGACGCUCCCGACGACCUGUACUUCAGAGCCACCGAGACCGCCAAAGCGGCCAGACGGACGCUGAGCUGCGGCGAGCUGCGCCGCGGCGCGCGCGCUCCGUGGCGCGUGAUGCGCGGCGGGGUGGCGGGCGUGGCGCUGGGCGCGGCGGGCGUGAAGGCGGGCCCGGGCGCCGCGCCGCUGCAGCUGGUCAUCCUGGACUGA